GUUUUUUUGACGGACUCCAGUUCCGGGUAGGGUUUGUUUGUUUCACUUUCUGAGCCACACAGACUCCGUUUCCCUUUUCCCCAUAUAUUCGCAUUUAUAUACCUAAACCUCUCUCGCACUCCCUCCUUGCUUCCUCUCCUCCAUUGCCGUCCCUCCCUGAGCUCCGAUCAAAGAAGAGAAAAUGAGCUCUCAGAUUUUCAGAUCCGCUUCCAGGGCCGCCAGGUCCUUUCUCUCCUCCGCUUCCAAGAACUCUCGCUUUUACUCCGAGGGACGCGCUGCAGCGGCUGCGGCGGCGGUUUCGUUGAGCGGGAAGGCGCCGCUCAUCGUUUCGGCCUAUGGAAGGACCGGCUCUGCAAAUGCUCAGCAGUGGAUUUCCGGAGCCCUUGUGAUUCCUAUGGCAGCUUACAUGCUCCAAGAACAGGAGGCCCGUGCUGCAGAGCUCGAGCGUACCUUUAUUGCUAUCAAGCCUGAUGGUGUGCAGAGAGGACUGAUUUCAGAAAUCAUUUCCCGAUUUGAGCGCAAAGGUUUCAAGCUUGUGGCAGUCAAGAUAGUGAUUCCUUCAAAGGACUUUGCUCAAAAGCACUAUCAUGACCUGAGUGAGAGGCCAUUCUUCAAUGGCCUUUGCGACUUCCUGAGCUCUGGUCCUGUUUUGGCCAUGGUGUGGGAAGGAGAAGGUGUGAUCAAGUAUGGCAGGAAACUUAUUGGAGCCACUGAUCCUCAGAAAUCCGAGCCCGGGACAAUUCGAGGUGAUCUGGCUGUCGGCGUUGGAAGGAACAUCAUUCAUGGAAGUGAUGGCCCGGAAACCGCAAAGGACGAGAUCAAGUUGUGGUUCAAGCCGGAAGAACUGGUUAACUACACGAGUAAUGCUGAGAAGUGGAUCUAUGGAAACAAUUGAUGACGAUGAUGAUCAUUUCCCCCCUUUACAUUGAAUUUUCUUUCUCCAACUUUCGUCCAGGGAGAUUAGAUGCCACACUAGAUUGUGGUUAGAAGCAGAGAAUUGCUAGAAUAAAAAGUACUGUUUCUUUUGUAUUGAGGUUCAAUAGGGUUUAUAUGCGGUUUGAAUACUUCCCUUGAGAGUUAAGCAUUCAGGAAUAAAGAAUCUGAUUCCGUCCACUUCCCUCCCCACGUCCUCGAGGUUGCCCCUACAGUGAACAUAUUCGUUGGUCUGUUUGUUAUGGAGUGACGGAUUCAGGUUGUAUAUCAGGACUGUCACCACUGGCUGUGUCACCUGGGAUUUUACCAAAUGGUUCUCAGGGUUCCGGGCGCGCUAUGCAUUGCGGUUGUGGAUAUGGUUUCAGCUCCUAGUUCUUAAGCUGUCAAAUUGGUUUGUUAAUUCUCAUGGUCAGGUGUAUGAUGGUAAGGUAGAGAAUUUUUUUUGUUCCAGUCCGUUGCAAACGGAAGUUUUUUCCUUGUUGAAUGCAGUGAUUCUGGUGGCUCAGGAUCCUUGCCCUAAAUUUAUCAAAUCUGAUUGUCAGGUUUUGGUAAAUGCGUUGAGGCAGGUUUCAGACUUGUGGCCAUGGCAAUGUCUGGCUAUCUUAGCUCGUAUCAUCACCAUCCUCCUUUCGACUCCCUGGGUGAGGAUGGAGUUUGUUCCCCGACGUCUCAACUCACUUGCUGAUUGGGUUACUCAUAAUGCUAGACUUGACCUUCUUUCGUGAGA